AGUGGUCUUAUUAUUGGAGCGCGAGAGAGAGAUGCGACAACAGCGUUURCCCUGUUCACAUUUGACUCAGUGUGACUCUUGUCACUAGAGACGGGCAGAUACGACGAGAGGCAAGAAACUUCAGACAAUAUUCAAAGAUCGACCUCUGAAGGGUGUUCAACCCUCCGUGGGAAACUGAAUGAGACAUUCUGCAAGAGGGAAAAAAACAGCAGAGAGGAGCUGUGAAUAGAUAGAUAAAGAUAUUCAAUGCGGCACCUGUCCUCCAUCUCAGUGUGAAGGGCAUGUAAUGGAAGAGUGAGAGGGAGGAUACAUGGGAAGAGAAAUAGAGGAGAGAAUGAAUACAACCGGAAAACAAGUAUUUCCUUACAUCAAGCAUCACUCAAACUAGGACAUCUCACCACAGGACAAGAUGAUUACCAGGAAUCUGCUCCUAUUGGUCUCACUGUGUCUGUGGGAGGAGCUUAUGGGAGAAGGUUCUGCCACUAAGAUUGUCAGGAGAAGAGGUGUGGGCGGGACUCACAUGCUGAAGAUAGGGGAGAACAGAGUAGCGGACCAAUGGGAUUCAAGCGUGAAUUCAAACGUGAUGCCCAUGGUGACUCUUAGAAACUCAAUUGGUCAUGACCUGGGGGGUGAUAGUGGCUCUAUCUCUCACCCCAAAAUAYCCCAGAAUCAUGCAGCCAUGCCAUCUAAGGAGAGGCAGGCUUUUAAACCUCAUCCAGUUUUGGACUUGGAAGAAGACCUUAUCAAAAAAGGAGAAUCAACUCUGUCUGUGUCACCCAAUAACAGGGAAUCCGUCCAGGAGAAAGAACUUAAAAAGAUCAAGAACAGUACCAAUAAUGCUGGGACUCCCACCAAAACAGGGAGGAUAUUCCUAGUUCACCAUAGACCAGACCUACACUCCAAUAGAACCAGAUUCAAAUCCAUUUCCCGAUCCAGAGUGAGACCAGAUCUGAGCGUUCACACCACAGGGCUGCAAGGCAAAGRACUCACUAUGGAUUCAACCAGAAAAUUAAAUGUGACCGGCAGCUACAGUGUCCUGAAACUGCUGUCAAAGGAGAACCUGGUGAUGAUUGUGAACUCACAGAUGCAGAGUGUUCCGAGACUGAAUAAUUUUCAGAGCAAGAGCAGCCGAAGCAGAAAGAGAGAUUUAAUUGAUGUGGACCACAGCCCGAUGGAGGCCCUAAAAUUACAGRAGCAAGAUUUGGCUGUUACUCAAAACCACUUCGCAUUGGAUAAUCCAACUGCACUGCCGCAUAUAAACCCUGUCACAAAUCCUGAUCCAAGUCUAGAAAAGGCUGUUCACACUUUAAGUGAAGUCACUCUAGAUUCUGGUGUGGGAAAAGACAACUCUGAGACGAGGGGUGUAGAUAGUACAGUCACUUGGAAGAGCAAACACACUUCUCACCCUCUGUCAACACCUAUGAAUGAGGUCAGUCUCGACACUGACAGGGAAAUGGCCAUUAGUAAGAUCAGUAAGACUGACCCUCCGGUCACAACCAAGCUUCUCCCCUCAGACAUCUCUUCUCAGACAAUUGCUGGCUCUCCCUCAGUGUUCAUCUCGCAGCCCCAGGGAGAGGGGACUGGGAGUGUGGCGGGGGAUUCCCAUAAGGAGAGUUUUCUUCACACAGCCGCACCAGGACUCAAAAUCCUCAACCCGAUUUCCACUCAAGACCCUGAAGGUGGCGCCACAGAGUCAAUCGAUAGCAGCCAUGUCCUCAAACUCCACCCAGACACACACUGGGGCUUCAGCCAGGACAAGGCAGCCGGUGGGGGGAUGACAGUCGAGUCCCAUCCCGGGAAUGGGCGGGGCCUGGUGUUCCAAGAGGCGGAUGAGGAGGAGGGCCGUGGUCAAACGGAUGGGGAGGGGACUCGGUCACGCAGCAGGAGGAGUUGGAUCUGGAACCAGUUCUUUGUGAUUGAAGAGUACAGCGGGCCUGAACCGGUGCUCAUCGGACGGCUGCACACUGACAUGGACCGAGGUGAUGGACGCACCAAGUACGUGCUGAGGGGCGAGGGGGCGGGGGCGGUGUUUGUGAUUGACGAGAAGACGGGCAACAUCCAUGUCACCAAGCCCCUGGACCGCGAGGAGAAGGACGAGUACCGCCUCAUCGCCACAGCAACCGACCGGCAGACCGACCGGGCCCUGGAGCCCUCGUCCACAUUCAUCAUCAGAGUGCAGGACAUCAACGACAACCCACCUCUGUUUGAGGAAGGGCCCUACAGCGCCACAGUGCCUGAGAUGGCCAACAUAGGUACUUCUAUAAUCCAGGUGACAGCGACAGAUGCUGACGACCCAACCUAUGGGAACAGUGCCAGACUGGUGUACACACUGGUGCAGGGACAGCAGUUCUUCUCUGUGGACCCACAGACAGGUAUACUGCGCACAGCGGUGCCUGAUAUGGACAGGGAAACCCAGGACCGGUACCUGGUUGUUCUGCAGGCCAAGGACAUGGGGGGACAUCUGGGAGGUCUCUCAGGGACCACCACUGUCACCGUGAGGCUGAGUGAUGUCAACGACAACCCCCCUCGCUUCACACAGAGUAUGUGGUCGUUCUCCGUGUCCGAGCUGGCUGUUCCGGGGGCGGAGGUGGGCCGUAUCUCGGCAACAGAUGCUGACCUGGGCGACAAUGCCAAGCUGGAAUAUACCAUCCUGGAGGGAGAGACGGGGAACACCUUCAACAUCAGCGGAACGAACCAAGAGGCUGUGAUCACACUGAACAAGGCUGUGGACUAUGAGAGUCGUAGCUCCUACUCUUUCUCCGUGGAGGUGUUGAACCCCAUGGUGGACUCUCGUUUCUUGCGUCGUGGGCCCUUUAAGGACCGCGCCUCCAUCCGAGUGGCCGUGCUGGACGCAGACGAGCCGCCCCGCUUCUCCCGGGCUCGCUACCGUAUGGAUGUGUCGGAGAACUGCCCUCCCUCCUGCACCGUGGGACGGGUUAGUGCUGUGGACCCUGAUACUGGACUCACCAAUAACAUCAGGUUCUCUAUUGAUCCCCAGUCAGAUCCAGAGGCUCUGUUCCGUAUCACCCCGGACAGCGGCCUCAUCACCACGGCCAUGGAGCUGGACCGCGAGCGCGAACAAUGGCACAACAUCACCGUCAUCGCCACGCAGAGAGACAACCCCAGCCAGGUGUCCAGAGUGGUGGUUACCAUAGAAACGCUGGACCUGAAUGACAAUGCUCCCGAGCUGGACAGAAAAUACACAACAGCCAUGUGUGACUCAUCAGCCACCGGACAGGUGGUGCAGGUGUUGCGUGCGAUUGAUAGAGAUGAGGGAGGGAACGACAGCGCUGUCUAUUUCAGCAUCCCUCCAGAGUCCAGCGUUGCCCUCAACUUCAGCAUCAGGGACAGUGGAGGCCCCACCGCCACCCUGUUGCUCUUGUCGCCCCUGCAGCCCCUCUCCCGCUCCUCCUCCUCCUCCCUCACGCUGCACGUCCCCCUGGUACUAAGGGACGGGACAUCUGGCCUGACCUCCACCGGGACGGUCACCGUGUCUGUCUGCCCCUGCCUGAGAGGAGGGGCCCGGGCUGGGGAGAAGGAGAGGCAGGAGAGGCAGACGGAGGGAGACUGGGAGUGGGAGAGAGAGACUGUGUGUGUCCCCCAGCAGUCCACCUCUCCUUCCCCUGGGCUUAGCACCGCCGCCCUGCUGGCCAUCCUGGCCUGUGUUGCUACUCUGCUGGCGGUCAGUGCCUUGUCCCUGUCCCUCCGUCGUCAGAAGCGGGACUCUCUGUCCCCCCUGGAGGAGGACGAUGUGCGGGAGAACAUCAUCACCUACGACGACGAGGGUGGGGGUGAGGCCGACACGGCCGCCUUCGACAUUGCAGCGCUCCAGAGCGCCCCCCACAGCUCACGCAGGGUAUACCGCACCCUGGACAGCAGGAACAUCCUUGUCACACCCUAUCUUCUAUCCCCCAGACGCUACUCCCAGCACGUCCAGGACAAAGCCCAGUCUUACAGCUGGGCCCAGAACCCAACUCUGGACCCGGCCUACUCCGGCCCUGGAGGGCCCAUGUACGGCCGCCUCUGCUACAGCAGCCAUACCCUACCUGUUCUCCGACGUACUCCAGGGAGCCAGUUUGAGCCGGGCCUGGCUGAGCUGGCCUACCGCUUCCCUGGGGGCCAGCCGGACCACUCGUUGGUCAUCCAGAAUCAGGGGGCCAUGGUGGGGGCCCUGGAGCCAGGGGCCAUGUACAUAGGCCCGGCUGAAAUGAGCAGCAGAGAGAGCAGAGACGGAACAGGCCCACAGAGCGGGGUUAGCACCUCAGAUGGAGGGACACCGCGGACCAAUGACAGCCAGGAGAGAGGCGGCGGGGGAGCUAUGAGCAACUGUACCGAGAACAGCAGUGAGCAGCAGAGCCAAAGUCAGGACUCAGUGGACUUGGUCCAGUCUGAGACCCUCCCCCGGGAGAGGGAGCACAGCCUGGUCCUGACCCGCUCUGGCUCCGUCGUUGGCCAGGGAGGUGCCUGGGUGUGUGACUCGGCCACCCUGCCCAUGGCGGGCYGCAGAGCCUCCCGCGCAGGCCUCUCCCCCAAACGCACCGGCUCCGGCUUAGCUGAAGGAGGUUCCUCUGGUGGUGGAGGUGGAGGCCCUGGGGCGAACGGCCCAGUCAGCAAGUCUCAGCAGUCAGCCGCCCGCAACUACACCAGUGUCCUGCAGGGGGAGGCAGCGGGACAGAGGCAGGACUACCCUGGGAGCCUGGGGAGGGGAGGGCUGGAGAUUGGCAGCAACUUUGUGGUGGCCAGGCCGGACAGGGAGGGCGGAGGGAUAUCUCUGACUGGCACUUCUUGCGGGGGGAUGUACCCAGAAGGGUUCAUGGCUGACUGGCGGGACAGGGUGGGUAUUGGGGCAUACAUUUUAGGAAGAAGGGAUAUGACCCCCCAGAUGCUGCCCUUCCCAGGGCAGGCCAGGGGCGCAUAUGGGGGCAUCAUGGGGUAUGGGGCAGGGUGGGUCCCAGGGAUAGAGGCGGGGAGAGGGGGUCCAGUACCAGGUGGUCACUCCUUGGCCCUCAGGGUGGGUGAAUUCCUCCGCCUUCGUCUGGCUCAGGUCACCUUUGACCCCUCGCAGCCUCCCUAUGAUUCAGUGCAGGUGUACGGGCUGGAGGGCACAGGGUCACGUGCAGGCUCCCUCAGCUCACUGGAGAGUGAGGGAGAAAAGGAUGCAGAGAAGGAGGAGUGGGGAGGAGGACUGGAGGAGUGGGGUCCGCAAUUUCAGGAGCUAGCCAAGCUGUUCCGAGAUAGGGAGGAAGAAAAACAAGAGGAGAAGGAUGGGGAGGGAGGGGUAGAGAACAACAAAAAAGAGGCUGAAAAAGAGGAGGGGCAGAAAGAGGAGCAGUCUGGAGAUGAGGGGAAAGACAGAGAGGGUGAAGAAAAAAAGGAGAGAGAAUGAGGGAAGGGUGGAAGAAUGAUUAAAAGGCAAGCAGAGUUAGAAUAAUGGGAAGAGAAGUUAAAGGAGAGCGAGAUGAAGAGGGAGAGUAAUAAAAAGAGACAGAUAAAAAUGAGCCCAGGGAAGCAAGGGCAGGGGAGGGAGUGAUUGAUGUAAUUUAAAGCAAUAAGUGGUGAAAGGCUGAUAUGUGUGAGCACAGAUACUGAGACAAUGUGCAUGAUGUUUCGCCACUAAGCAGCAACAAUUUGUUAAGUGGUCUGGACAAAGGGAAACAACCUAAACAUCCAAGACAGGAUUUUCAUUCAGCUCUACAUCUAUAGAAAGAGGAGAGAGGGAGUGAGCGAAUGUGUUUCUUUGUUUGCGUGUGUGUGGGAUGAGGGUGUGUAUGUGAGAGAGAGAAAUUGGAAACAAAUACUUUUUUGGGGGGGGUGAUGUGCAAGCAAGACAAAACAUUCAACAAGGAAGUAUGGAAAAUUAGGGUACCACACAGAGGAGAAAGGGAUAUAAGAUGAACAAGACAGAGGGAUAGAGAAGAAAGACAAAGAAGGAGAGAGAGAGAGGAAGCGAGAUGAUUGUGCAGAAGCUGUUGCAUUUACACCAUCCGCAGAGGCAAAAAAGUGAAUAAUUCAACUCACUACUUCAUUCCAAAUAAAAACGAUUAAUCAUUUAAAUCUCUGAAAAAGUCGUAUCACCGGAAAAUACACAUUGUGAGAAGAAAAAAAGGGAUAUGAUAUUCCCAGGCUUAGCUGAGUGUUGUUGUGUUUACAAACACAGGCUAGACAUUUUUUAACAUGUUUAUUUUCUUUGUGAAGCUUGCAUUCAAUUGCCACACUCUAUUGCACAGAAAAGCUACCAUUCCCCCUGUCAUAAGGGGAUUUAUGGCUGAAUUAAGAUGAAAUUGUCAACCCUGUUACAGGCAACUCUGUUACAGUCAACCCUGUUACGAUCAAACGUGUUACUUUAUUUGGAACUUAAUAGGCACUUACUAUAGUUUUAUUGAGAUGGGAAAACAUGUUUUUUAUUAAGAUGAAAAAAAAUCUCUAAUUAGGUGGAAUCAAAGUUUAUUAUGACCAAGUUCCACUUCUCAAAAGGCACCGAAAUGAUGGAAUGACCCACACACCCACACACACUAAAGACUAAUUUGUGUUAUCAGGCAUUGAUUGUAUAAUAAAUCACUAAAGCAAAAGUAUUAACAAGAUGCAUUGAAUCUAUGUAUGAAUCUAAUAAAUCUCUUCUAAAUCGAUUAUUUUACUGUAUGUAGGGAGGAGAGGAGAGACAUGACUAUUUUUUAUGCAAAACCUCCGUCUAUUCAAUCAACAUGUCUUGAGGACCAAGUCUGCAUGAUUUGAGAACAAUCUCAACCAAUCUCAACCACCUAUUCACACUCUGAAAACUCUUAACCGUCCAAUCCAUAACUUCCAUUUAUCAGUGAAGAGUGUCAGAAUGAAAACCAGCAGACCCAGCGAACAGAAACAACUGGGCCCCGUCCGUAAUGGUCAAAGGUUAGAGGUCAAUUUAAGAAUGAGCUGGGUUUUCAGCUGGAAUGCACUUUUAUACUGUGUGGCGUUCAAUACUAGACAAUGAAUAAUGUCAGAUAAAGUUUUUUUUUUUUUUUAAGAAGAUGUCUAUGGACAAUAACUACUGUUCUACUGUAUGUACAUGCAUUUGUAAAUAUCAGUGAAUACCAUUGUUAAAAGAGAAGAUAAUUGUUCAAAAAAUGUAAGUGGAAAAACUGUCACGUUUGAACAGAGCACUGUUGGGACAACUUAGACCUGGCCUAGAUUCAUAUUUCAACCAGACUGGACUUGAUUUACCUGACCUAAACUAAACUAGCACAAUGUACUUUACAUUAGGACAGACCAGAAUAUUGUGUGCCUAACACAACAUUAUUGUGGAAAAGCCAAGUAUUUAAAUAUGUCUUUAACCUGGCAAAAAGUGUUGUACAGAACAUGCGCACUCGAUUACUUGUGAGGUACUCUUCUUCAUCAGCCAUGUAUCUGACUAGAACUAGAAGCCUGGCAUGCAAGGUUAUGUGAGGUAGCUUUCUAAGCCAGCAUUUCGAUUAAUUCAGUUUCCAUUGAAAACCAUUUAACUGUACCAUGAAAACUGCCCUGUGCUGUAUUCUAUUCUCCAAUGCAAUUGUCACAACCCAUCUGGUGAAUUGACUGGAGCUGUAAUGGAACUGACCCCAAAGAAUACAUAUAUAGCUAUUGCUCAGUGUUCCCGUAAAAUGUUCCACAUUUUACAGGGACACGAGGCAGCAUAUAGAGACUCCUGUCAGCUCAGACUUUAUGUGCCAUGCCCAAAAGUUGUGCACUGUUAACUUAACAUUGGCUCAGAUUGUGACAAACCCCUAGUGAAAAGAGAAAGUCUACACAAUCACAAUAAGAGUCCACAAUCACACUGUGUCACUGUGUAAGGUCCUGUUGAAAUACUUUUAAAAACUCACCCUUCCUCUCUCCAUUCCUUGGAGUUAUCACUGAUUUGACAAGUCAAAGCUAUGAAAGGGAACCCUUCCUUUCACCUAUCAAAUUGUGUUAGAUCAGUUUUGAAUGUACUCAAAUCGGGCCAAAGACUUGACUGGACCCUGCCAGGACUACUGUAGUAGUGCACAAUCUCUGGGGGGGGGGGAGCGGGACCCUGGAGAACGCAUGGUCUGACCAGGUCAAACUCCAGCCCUGAUAUGGCUAGCCUCCAUAGUAUUGUAUAGUCUCGACACCAUAGUGGAGGCUAUAGAGCAGGGUUAUUCAACUCUUACCCUACGAGGUCCGGAACCUGCUGGUUUUCUGUUCUAUCUGAUAAUGAAUUGCCCAGGUCUACAUUAGUCCCUGAUUAGAGGGGAACAAUGAAAAACACAGUGGAACUCUGGCUUAGAGGUCCAGAGUUGAGUUUGAGGACUAUAGAGUUUAGCCAUAUCAGGGCUAGUCAAGCCCUAUUCACAGGGAAUAACCACAUACACCUGUAAAACACCCUCACAUACGCUGUGGAAUAUGUUAUGUAGUUCACACCUAUAAAUAUAGAUAAUGUAAUAUAUGUGUGUGUCGUAAUUAUAAACUGAUUGGUGCAUCAUCUACUGUGGAAUAAUGACUUAUGUCCCCCGAAACAUGGUUAGGCAGCGCCGAUUGGCUCUUGGUGUUUUGCUUGUGCUGAUUGGUCUAAAUCAGAGUGAUGCUCCAGCUGAUUGAUCUGUAGAUGGCGAGGCCUUGGCUUGUAGUGCCGCCGUCACUUAACUACUUGAUUGAACUGAUUAUGUCACCUCCGGAGGAAAGGAAUCCAAACACCAAAUUGGUCCAAUCAAAGGCAUGAUUAGUUGAAUCAGUCGCUUCCUGUCGCGGGGGCACUCCAGGACCGGGGUUUCCCAUUCCUGGUCAACCCCCCCCCCCACUUUAGUCAGAGAGGAAAGUGAGAUUGUCAGGAGAUUUAUCAAACCAUUUACCCACGCAAUUAAAUGCAAAUGAAAAUACACUGCAUUUAAUGGCAGGUCCUGACAUGCUUUACAUGUAGUGUUUCAGGGGUGUGUGGUUAUAUUCUGUGUGUGUUCUGGAGGGUAGAAGGUCAUGAACUUGGAACGCCACCAGACGACCCCAGGUUCAGUCUCCCUUUGGGACUUCAUCACUCCUGCACGAUGUUGAUCAAAUUCCAAGAUGGCGUGAUGAAUAAAGUAAAUGUAUUUAUUAUGUUGUAUUUUUCCUUUUAUUUUUUGUAAAUUUGAAUAAAAAAUAAUAUGUUUUAAA